UGAAAAUCCCACUGCUCCCGCCCCGGGAGGCUUCACCAAUGUGCGUCGGGACGCAGAAGUUCGCAGAGGCUAAAUGGAGAAUCAAGGUCAGGCCGGCUGGCGACAGAACCCAGAGCUCCCAACCCUGCAUGAAUCUGCUGCUCUUCCUCCCCCGGCAAACACACACGCCCUCCUCGAGUUAAAUCGAAGCCGAUUUGAAUUGCCAAACCCAGCUCUCUCGUUUCCCUGCAAGAUGAAAGGGGACAGCCAUGAAUGAGUCACCAGACAAUUCCGCAAAUGCCUCUGACUUCCCCGAUGAUGCAGCGCCAUUCGGAAAUUGCACCGAUGAAAAAAUCCCGCUCAAGAGGCACUACCUCCCUGUUAUUUAUAGCAUCAUCUUCCUGGUGGGCUUUCCAGGGAAUGCAGUGGCAAUUUCCACUUACAUUUUCAGAAUGCGGCCCUGGAAAGGCAACACCGUCAUCCUGCUGAACCUGGCCUGCACAGACCUGCUCUAUUUGAGCAGCUUCCCUUUCCUGAUUCACUACUACGCCAGCGGCGAGAACUGGGUCUUCGGGGACGUCAUGUGCAAGUUUAUCCGCUUCGGCUUCCAUUUCAACCUGUACAGCAGCAUCCUCUUCCUCACCUGCUUUAGUGUCUUCCGUUAUCUUGUGAUCCUUCACCCGCUGAGCUGCUUUUCCGUUCACAGAACGCGAUGGGCCGUGGUGGCCUGUGCCGUGGUGUGGAUCAUUUCCCUGGUGGCCAUCAUUCCCAUGACCUUCCUGAUCACCUCAACCACCGGGACCAACAGCUCCACCUGCCUUGACCUCACCAGCUCAGACGACCUCCCCACCAUCAAGUGGUACAAUCUAAUUUUGACGGCCAUGACUUUUUGCCUUCCCCUGGUCAUAGUGACACUUUGCUAUACAAUGAUUAUCUACACCCUCACGCAAGGACCUCACAAUCACAGCUGCCUGAAGCAGAAAGCUAGGAGGCUAGCCAUUCUACUACUCCUUGUGUUUUAUGUAUGUUUUUUACCCUUCCACAUCUUGAGGGUCAUCCGGAUCGAAUCCCGCCUGCUUUCGAUCAGCUGCUCCGCUGAGAACCAGAUCCAUGAAGCUUAUAUUGUUUCUAGACCCUUGGCUGCCCUGAACACCUUUGGUAACCUGCUACUGUACGUGGUGGUCAGUGACAACUUUCAGCAGGCCAUCUGCUCGAUGGUGAGAUGCGACACCAGCAGGGAUCUGGAGCAAGCGAAAAAACCCAGUUACUCAAACAACCCUUGACGUACUUCAUGAAGUCAAUCAAGAAGAAGAGCCUGCUGAGACUUGAACUUCUAAGAAGUCCAGAAUAGCUCCUUCAAUGGCUCUCUGUAAAUAUUAUAUAUUCGGGUAAUUAUGUGUUAAAGCCAGCACAGAUCUACCAGGAACUCUAUGCCCCCAGUUUAUUGAGCUCUUCCCUAGGGUCAAUGUAAGAAUGGGAUACACGCCUAUCAGUAGAGGAUUCACAUGGGGAAUCAAAACUACUGGAACUCCAGGACAUCUUGAGAAACAUCUAGUCUCGCCAACUUACUAUGCAUCAAUAAGACCACUAGUCUCAGUAGUUUUAUUAAAUUAAAACUUCACACAUUUGUCCCAGUUAAGGCAGUGCCAAAACAAGGACACUCCUCUUACUCUUGGUUUCCUGCUCUUUCAUACUCGGGCUGUCUCUGUUGAACCUUUAGACUAUCCAAGACAUUAUUUGUCUCUUUCUCAGUAUUCUCUUUGUCUUCAUUUCAUAUCUUUAAGACUUUUUUUUUCCUUCAAACUUUGCUUUGAGAUCAUUAAACGGUGUUUCUCACUAGGCUUUCAUCAGUUUUGUAGAUUCAAGCCAACCGGGACAAUACACUUGAGACAAUUCAAAGAUGUCAGUGCAGAUGGCUGACAUACCCAUGAGCUAUUGGGAGCAUUAUGUCUUUAUUAUUGUAGAUAAUUCUAGAAGUUGUUACUGAAUUGAGAAAGAUUAUUAAGUGGUAUUAGUAAUUAUCAACACAUCCUGGGAAAUAAAGGAUCGGCCUCUUUUGGGGGGGGAACAGAAAUACUUUUAAAUAUCAUGUGUAUAUUAGGUAUUAAGUAAAACUUAACAGUGUUUUGAUUUCUGUGGAAAACUAUCUCGGGAAAUACCAAUUCUUUUUAGAUACCUUUCUCUUUUCUGACUCUUGAAAAUAUGUUAUCUAUUUAUGUAACAGCUAAAGCUAUUUUUGAGUUAUGUGUGUGCCUAAUGAUCACGGAGUGUAAAUAUUUGAGAAAAUGCAUAGUCUGGAUAUUUAAAACCUUAGUCAAUGUGUUGAUACAAUUAAUAAACUAAUUUAA